AUGCCAAUAAGACCACCAAUACUAUCCGACUUCCCCUCUCAUCUCACACUAACCAUCACCCCUCCUCCUUCCCCGCCAACGGCAUCGUCGAAAAACAACAGCAACAAUAAUAAUAACAACAGACCACCUCCCAACCUCCUAAUCCUGCUUCACGGUCUCGGCGACUCCGCCUCCGCAUUCACAUCCUUCGCUUGCGCGCUAAACCUUCCCGAAACCACCAUCCUAACCCUCCAAGCUCCGACGCGUCUCCCCUUCGACCUCCCCGGUUACCACUGGGGCGAUGACAUCUCCUUCGAUGCCAGCACUGGCGGACUAGACAUGGAUGCGGGAUUCGUGCAGUCGACACGUCUUCUUGUCACGGAUGUGCUCCGCAACACACUCAUUGCCAAAUGCGGGUACCGGGCACGGGAGAUCCUGAUCCUAGGGUUCGGACAGGGUGGUAUGCUGGGGUUGGUGGGGGCUCGGGAAUUCGAGCAGCAGGUGGGAAAAGACACGGCGCAUGAGACGUCUUUGUCUGGAGUAGUUUCGAUUGGGGCACCGUAUCCGUUGUCUGGCAGUUCGGUGGGAGAGAAGAAUCGGACGCCGGUGUUGUUGGUUGCGGGGAGGGAGUCCGCCACUGUGACCGGGGAGGCUGUUAGGAGGACGGAACAGGUGUUCGAUUUCGUGGAGACACAUCGGUAUUCGAGGAAGGAUGAUGGUAUGCCGAGGAAUCAUGAGGAGAUGAUGCCCGUGAUGCGCUUCUUUGCGAGACGGUUGAGGAGUUGGCAGGGAGUGCUGGACGGGAGUGUGGAGAUUACUUGA